UUUUGAUAAAUAAGUUAAAAAAAAAAAAUCUCUCCAUCAUUUCUCAGUUUCAUUUUUUCUUUUCUUUUUGGACCUCAUUCAUUCUCUUUUAAGGAUUUCAAGACAGAGAAUGUUUUGAGGGAUCGAGGAAGGAUUUACUACUCAAAACAUGGUCAGGUUUUCGGUUGUUGUCUUCUUGCUGCUGCAGCUACAAUCUCUUCUUCUUGUUGCUGCACUUGCCAAAAAACCUGCUGCUGUUCCACAGAAAUGGCUCACAUUAUCAGGGGAAAGGCCUAUGGUAAUAGCAAGGGGUGGAUUUUCAGGGCUAUUGCCUGAUUCCUCUGAUAUAGGAUAUCAAAUUGCACAUAUGUCAAGCUUACCAGAUAUGGUAGUAUUCUGUGAUGUACAAAUAUCAAAAGACGGAGUUGGUUUUUGUUUGUCAGAUAUAAGGCUUGAUAACUCUACAAAUAUAGCUAAUGUAUUCCCAAAAGGACACAAAACUUAUAACAUUAAUGGAGAAGAUGUUAGUGGAUGGUUUGCUGUCGACUUCUUGGCUGAUGAUUUGUACAACAACGUUUCAUUGGUUCAGGGAAUCCUUGCGCGGACAAGUUUGUUCGAUAACUCGUUCACCCUUAAGUUUGUUGAUGAGGCUACACAAAUAAAACUACCUAAUCAGCUUUGGUUGAAUGUCCAGUAUGAUAUGUUCUACAAGCAACAUAACAUAAACGUGAAAUCAUUCAUCCAAGACACAUUGAGUGCGGGUGCUCCUAGUUUAGGCUACAUCUCAUCUCCUGAAAUCGGAUUCUUGAAGAGCCUCAAUGGAGCAGUGACCAAAGACGUUAAACUCGUCUUUCGUUUCCUAGCUGAAGAUGCAGUGGAACCCACAACCAAGAAAACAUACAAAGCUAUCUUGGCGGAUUUAGCCGCAAUCAAGACCUUCGCUACAGGAAUUCUUGUCCCCAAAACCUAUAUCUGGCCAGUUACUCCUGAUCAGUACUUGGAACCUCACACUAGUCUGGUAUCCGAUGCCCACAAGCUAGGACUAGAAGUGUAUGCUGACGGGUUUGCAAAUGAUAUGCCUGGAAGCUUCAACUACAGUUACGAUCCAACAGCUGAGUAUCUACAGUUCAUUGACAAUAACGAAUUUGCUGUUGACGGUUUUCUGACGGAUUUUCCCCCUACUGCUUCCGAGGCUAUCGGUUGCUUUGCAUUGAACAACAAAACAAACCCCAGAAUAGGCAAAACUUUGGUCAUUUCCCACAACGGAGCAAGUGGAGUAUUUCCUCCUUGCACUGAUCUUGCUUAUCAACAAGCAGUAGAUGAUGGUGCAGAUAUAAUAGAUUGCUCGGUCCAAAUUACUAAAGAUGGAAUUGCUUUCUGCGCUGAUUCAGCUGACCUGACAGGUAGUACAACUGCAGUUACUACUUUCAUGUCCAAAUCCACCUCCGUCCCUGAGAUCCAACAGAAAAAUGGGAUUUUUUCGUUCGACCUUACAUGGAGCGAGAUCCAAAGCUUGAAACCUCUACUAGUUAGUCCUACUGGAGAUCAAGGCUUGCAAAGAAACCCAGCAAACAAGAAUGCUGGUAAAUUAAUUCUGUUCUCUGAGUUCUUAGAAUUAGCUAAGACGAAGGCUGUUUCUGGAGUAAUGAUCAACAUUAAGAAUGCUGCAAUCCUUGCAAAUAAGGGUUUUGACAUCUCAGAGAUUGUCUCCAGUGCCUUGGUCAAUGCCACUCUCGACAAACAAUCUACUCAACAGAUCUUAAUUCAAUCCGAUGAUACUUCGUUUCUGACCAAGUUUAAGAAUGUGCCUACUUAUAAAAGAGUCUUAACUAUUGUUGAGACAAUUAGCAACGUAACUCAGCAGAGUGCGGAUGAAAUCAAGAAGUUUGCAGACGUUGUUGUUGUCAAUAGGCCUUCAACUGUGGUAUUAUCAGCUUACUUCACUAAAGAGUUCACUGAUGUAGUGAAGGAAUUUCAAGACGCAAAUCUAACUGUGUACGUAACAACACUGACAAACGAAUUCACGUCAAUUGCAAUGGACUUCUUUUCUGACCCAAUCCUCGAAAUCUCUACGUACGCCUCACCCUUAGCGUUUGGAGUUGAUGGUCUCAUAACAGACUAUCCAGCUACUGCUAAUGCCUACUUGAGAUCUCCAUGUGCUGACCCUGAUGCGAAAGAUCUUCCAUACACAAUUUCACCGCCUCAACCGGGGGAUCUGCUCAGCUUCGCAGAACCAGGUGCAUUACCACCAGCUCAAUCUCCAGCUCCAUCCCUUGAACCAGCUGAUGUGGUUGAUCCACCUUUGCCCCCAGUGUCACACGUUGAGACGACAAAUCCUGGUGCUUCUGGACCUUCUUCACCUGGCAAAAACAGUCAAUCGGCAAACAUUGCCAGCACCGGACUUUGUUUGCUAUCCCUCGUCUAUGUAUUCAUGGUUCUAUACUGAUUUUAACUAAAAUAUACCACCACCAAUUUUUUUAAAAAUAGGGCGUGUUGACCUUAAAAUGGCCCUCUUUCUAGUACAUAUAUAAACUUUCAGAUUUCUUUUGAUUUGUUAAAAGCUUCAUUGCUUUCUUCUGUUUGAUUCAUUUCUUUUUAGAGUUUGUACUAUAUACAUAACCACAGUUAAUUGGUAAUGUAACACUCUUAAAUUAGCUUAGUACCGUAAUUUUAUUCA